AUGCUGUCCAAUCCAACAGGACUUCACGCCCGGCAAAAGCAGCACCGGCGUCAAAAUUCGACACCGUCUGCUUUUGAGGGCGCCAAGAUCCCUAAUCUGCCAACUACACAACGACAAACCGCACACCGACGCGGCCUCAGCCUAGAUGUUCGACGACAACAGAACCAGAACAUCAACUCAGCAGCAACAAGGCAGAACUAUAUGGUAAGUACGAAUACUAACAACACAGGAUUAGCCAAUAUUUCUACGCAGCAAGUUCUGCGAGAAGCGCAGCAGCAACGCAUUCAAGCACGCCCGGGCACACAGAACCCUUACGCCAACCUGGCACCAAGUGGAAGUGAGAACUAUCUCAUGUCCCCUCAUGGAACUCCUCAGACACAACGAUUCGACCCGUCCUGCUUUGACCCCAACUCACUUCCCUUUGACCCUUACACUACUGAUCUUAACGUGAUGAUGGGCAAGGGCCAACAGGCUGCAUACGGUGACAAUAUGUCGGGAGGUAAGGAAUUUGAUAUCUUUAACAAUGACAGUGCACUUUCAACUCCAACGUUCAUCAACUUUCCUUCUGAGGGUUCCUCCGCUCAGGGCUGGUCCUCUGAAGGUGACACCUCCAGUACAAGGAGAACCUCAAGAAGGAUAAGUGGUGGCAUCCUGGACCGCGUUAACAAGUUCGAGACCUUGGACUCAACGACAAGACCCGCUACGCCUCCUAACCAGAACCAAAGUCAGAGCCAGAACACACAAAGUUACUUUCCCCCUACGCCAAUUGAGACUCCCCACGACCGGUUGGCCAAGGAUGAGGGCAUGCCAAGUCGGUUCGCUGAUGGCUAUGAUGAGUCUAUGGAGGAGACGAUCAAGCCCGUGAGGAACCGUGGAGGAAACCGAAGGGCUCAAACCAUCUUCCAAGACAUCAGACAGCAUUCUGAGCAAGUCAUGUCUAACCCAGCUCGGUCAAAUACUCUUCCUGAGCCAUCCUUCAAUGGACUGCCAAUGUCGACACCUGACUACAUGAGCAUGAACAGCUUCAACAACGAGUUCAUGAAGAUCGAGAGCGACUUUGGUCGGGAUGACAUCCAGGGUCUCAGCCAUCAGCUACCACAACAAGUCACUCCCAACACUCCUCGAAUGACACAGUACAUGGGAUCUUUUGACAACAAGCCUGAACUCCAACCCUAUCCCAUGGGUGCUCAAUCUGUCUCUGGGACCCCCUCUCAGACACCAUCUCGUCGCCAUUCUCCCCAUCGCCGCACCGAGUCAGUUGCUAGCAUCGCAAGUGCUGCCAGCAUCGCCAGCAUCAACAUUGAGGAGACCAAGACAGAAACCGGAGUCACUCAGGAUGAGAUCGCCCAGUUCAUUAGUGGCCCAGACGCCAGCGACGGCAAGUGGACAUGUACCUAUGAAGAUUGCGGCAAGAAAUUCGGCCGCAAGGAGAACAUCAAGUCGCAUGUUCAGACCCAUCUCAAUGACCGACAAUACCAGUGUCCCACUUGCAAGAAGUGCUUUGUUCGACAGCACGAUCUCAAGCGACACGCCAAGAUCCAUACUGGAAUCAAGCCCUACCCUUGCGAAUGUGGCAAUAGCUUUGCUCGCCAUGAUGCUCUUACUCGACACCGCCAAAGAGGCAUGUGCAUUGGUGCUUUCGAUAACGUCGUGCGCAAGGUUGUCAAGCGAGGCAGGCCGCCCAAGAAGAGCCGCCCUGAUAUCGAGACUCGCAUGGAGAAGUCGGCGCGAACCCGCAAGAAGAACAUGUCUGUCAGCUCAAUGUCAUCAUUCUCUGCUUGUUCUGACAGCUCAGCUGUCAACUCACCAGAACAGUUUAUGCUUGAUGACAUGAUGGACAUUGGAAUGAGUUCACAGAACCAGGCUCUCGCUGCCGUCUCUUCAGCACCCAUGACUGGCAUCACAGCCGCCGCUCUUCAGGAGUAUGCCUCCUCUCCCUCCGCUGGCAGCGCACACUCAUAUGUGUCCCCGGAGGCCAUCAUGGAGGGCACUCCCAUGCACGCCGCAUCUCCUUCCAAGAGCAUCGCAAGCCAGUACAACACACCACCUGAGCUCUCGCAAUCGUCUUCCCCCCCAGCCACCCACUUCUUCGACGUCGACCCCAACACUUCAAUCACCAAUGACGAUCUAACCAUCAUUCCCGGGACAACAACUUUCGUCACCUCGGCAACCAUGGCCGCUUCUCUUCCCCUUGGCCUAAGCAAUGCAGACGAUGAAAUGCUAUAUCAAUUUGCCAACGACGACGAUCUUAUCCAACUGGAUCGCGACUCCAACAUGCUCAUGAGCAAGUUUGACGAAGAUUUCGACAACGUCGGCAUGUUCACCAACAACAAUGACGACGUCUUCUUUGGCAGCAACUAG